UUUUACUUGUACAUUCUAAUCAACAUAAUGGAUGAUAUGACAUAUGAAGAAUUGUUGCAAGAAUAUAUAACACUCAAACGUGAGCUUGGUAAAUAUGAUAUUGAAGCUUCUGAUAUUCAUCAUUUACAACAAUCGGAUGCAAAUAUCACAUCUAGUAUGGAUGUUUUUAAAUGGGAAUACCUUAAUGAAGAUUUGGGUGAGUUAGAGCUUCGUAGAAUAGCUUUAGAAUCAGCCGCAAAAAACAUUUCUGUAAAACCAAACCCUAAAGAAACACAUCUCAAAAGAAAGAAAGAAAAAUUUUUAAAGAAAGAUAUGAAUUAUAUAUAUAAUCAAAACAAAUCUGAAAUUAAUUUAAAUAGAUUAUUUGAUAAUUUUAAUUUAACUGAUUAUUCCCAUGAGUAUCUAGAACAAGCUUUGAAUUUUAAUCACAAUUAUCCCACUGAAUUUGUUAAUCAGGACAUUGAUCAUCGGGAAAAUAUAAACUCUUUCUUUGAUAUAAAUAAUAUCAAUCAAACCAAAAAUUAUAAUUUUAAUGUAGCAGAUAAAGUUGACUAUGAUAAUUUAGUAAUAGACAUGGAUAUAUCUGAUAAUGAUGAUUCGGAUCUGAAUUUUUACAAUUAUAGUAUUUUUGAUGAUAACAAUUUUAACAAACAACAAAUAGACUCUAAUGACAAUUUUUGGCAAAAUAUAAAUCUUGAUCAAUUGGCAAAUUAUUUAAAAGAUAAUUGUGAUAUAGACAAUUUAGAUUACAGUACCUUAUUUAAUAUCUUUAGCUACUAUCUUAACCAUAUUGCUGAAAUUGAAAAUUAUCAAAAUUCCAAUUUUGGCAAUAAUAUUAUAUAUGAAAAUAACUCUUUUAAUUUUAUAAAAACCAUUAAUAACUUUCCUUUGAAUCAGUUUCACUAUGACAAUGAAAAUAAUAUAGAUCAUUUUAAAUUACACCCUCAAAUUCCUGGCCUAAACUUUCAAAAUGUUAAUUGCUAUAUUGAAGGAGAUACUCAACAAACCUCAAAAGCCUAUAGCAAUAUUCUUUCUGAGCAUUAUCCAACAAUCAAUCUAAUACAAAGUACUACAACUCCCACUGAACAAUUAAAUCUAUGUGUAAAUGAUUACUCUUCUAUCCAAUCUAACACCCCCAUACCUUAUGAAAUAUCCAAUAAUAUUUGUUCAAUGGCAAAAGACAUUAGCGCAAACAUUAAUCAAUUUAACAAUGAUUAUUAUUUUGAUACAAGUAUUAAUAUGAAUUAUACUGGUAGGACAGUAAGUAAUACUAGUGUUCCAAACAACACAAAUAAAACUGACUAUGAGAAUACCAAAGAAAUUAUGAUAGAUAAAUUUUUAAAAGAGGUUCAGAAGUGGUCUUCAACUCUUAUAUCACCUGCCAAAAAAGAAACUCAAAAUAUUUCCAAAAAGUUUGCAAAAAUUGAUAAAAUUAAAUCUCCAAAAAUCAAAGAAAUAGAGAAAAAGAAUUGUGACACAAAAAUUAAUGAAGAUAUGAGAUCAAACAAAGUUACCGAAUUUAAUCAAUAUUUGGAUAAAGAUUUGACAAUUAUCAUUAAACAACCACAACUUAUUGAGAAAGGUGAGGUGGAAAAUGUUGUAAUUACUAGGGCUAAAAAUGAGGAAAAUAAAUUUGAUGAAAAUUUUAGCCUUAAAUAUGGGCUGAAAGAUGUAGACUACAAGAAUCUUUAUAAAGAAAAACCUAUUCUGCCUAUCGUUGCCAAAUCAUUACCAAAUGUUGUUAAAAAUAAGAAAACUACUGUAAUGGUUGCAGAUAGAAACAUGGAUAAUAAAUUUAGCAGGGAAAAAAUGCUUACCCUUAAAGCACUCCUGCCGAAAUGUAAACAAAAACCUAUUAUCAUUCCAUUGAAACGCAAGAUCAAUGGUAAUUAUGAUAGUGAUUCAAGUUCUUCCCCCGAUAUACCCAUUUCAAAAACCAGUGCAAAUGAUGUAAGAAAUGGAAAGAAUGUUAAACAUGGUGCACAAUCCUCGUCUUCACUUUUCAUGAACAGCCCCCAAACCGUUCCCUUGGUAAAAACGCAAAUUAAUAUUAAUGAUGAAUUGUUGAGCACCCGUUUGGUUCACAGGGAAAAGGCGCAAAAAUUAUUAGGAGUUUGCAGAAAAGUUUGCCUAAAAAACAGAAGCACCUUUAAGCGGUUUAAGAAUCAAUUAACUUAUCAAGAAAAUAAUGCAAAAGUCUUAUUGCACAAAAAAUCUGGGCUGGAAGCUCAAUUGCUCGCAAUAAACACAAAGUUGAAUCUAGCUGACCGCCAUGUAACAACACUUAAGAAUAAGCUUACCGAAUUAAACACGGAUUAUUUGGUUAAGAAGGAAAGAGAAAUAAAAUUGGUCCAAAUGCUAUUGGUUAAUCAAAAAUUGUGUCUUCCCUCUUCUUCGCCUUCAAGAAAAUCCGAUACCUUCAAUACAAACAAAUUUAAAAUUGAUAAUAAAAUCAUAAAACCUACGGCUCCCCUUAUCGAAAAUCAAGUAAAUACUAGUAUUAAGGGAACAGACAAAUCCAAAAGAUUAAAAAUAAAUGAUAAGACUCAUAAUAAAAAUGCUAUCAAAGAAAAUCUUAAUAUAGGUGAACAGCAAUUAUCUCUUGCAUCAAAACCACAAUGUAAUGAAAUUUCACAUCUUAAUUUCAAACUUCAAACUCUUCCUAGCUCUGAUUUUAUCUAUCAAUAUAUUCUCCAUUUAUAUUUAUCCAAUUUAUCAUAUACUAAAACCAAUCAUGGCUUGAUCACUCAUGAUAACUUAGCACCCGGUGACAACAUAAAUUUCGAAACCUCAGGAACUACUAUCUUAACACCACGUAGACUAAUUUAUAACACAUUAAUUGGGCAAACACUGAAAACUGACUACGCUUUUAAUAAUGAAACUAUGCAAUGUCCCGAAUAUUAUUACCACACUCCCUUGAUUAGAUUUAAAUCCUUCAAAUUAAGCCCUUAUUUUAGAACCAAAGCUAAAAUGUCUUUAAGCUCUAUUGCUCACACCACAUCUAUAGAUCCAAAUAAAAUUGUAUGCCCUUUUGAGCUUCGUGGAACUUGCAAAGAUGAAACUUGCUCGUAUCAACAUAUAUUUACAAAUCUCUUUUCUAAUGAUAAUAGCCCCCCUAAAAUUUAUAGUAGGGAAAAAAUCGAGUGUCUAUUGUGGAACCAUUAUUUAUCACCUUUCAAAAUUAGAUCUUAUAAGACUCAAAUUGACAGUAUUUAUGAGUUAUUGCCGGAACUUAGGAAUCAUUUAGCAGCCUACGAAAAUGAAAAAUUGUCAUUAGAAGAUUUUCUUAUAUUAAGUAUCAGUUCGAUUAACCAAAUAUUGAAGAAUGCUCACCCUCAUUACAUCCAAUUCAAUGAUCUUAUGGAAAAAUUAGAUGGCAUUACUUACGACGAGACAAAAUUAAGGGCCGCGUCACUUAAUGUACAAAAAUUAGCAAAAAUCUCUAAGUUGAAAGAAUUCGAUUCUAUCAACGUAUUUAAUGGGUUCGUGAACCCACAAAUGCACGAAUUUCAAGAGUCUCAUCAGAUUCCUAAAACCAAUUUAAGGAUAAAUAUCAACAAAUCCAGAUAUUACAUGAACGAUAAACUACUCAUGAAUUUUCAAAACGCGCUUGAUUUAGUCAAUAAACUACCGGUCAAAAGUUUGAUCGAUGUUUGCAAAGUGACAUUGUUAAAAGGUCUCGAGCUUAAGUUUCAUAAUAAACGAAAAUAUCGCAAAAAAGAAGGCUGUUUUAUUCGUUUAAUUUCUACUCCUGAAAAUUUAACGGAUAAAUUUUCGAAGCAAGAUGAAUUAUAUAAAGAAAUUUUAUAUUCGACACAGUACAACAUUGACAAAAAGUCCGAUUUCUUAAAGAAUGCUAGUGAUGUUGUUUCCAAUUGCGAUCUUGAAGUAUUGCUUGAUCUUGUGGAACACUUAUUUAAAAAAUUAUCUUGUCAAAGUUGUAUCAAAAAUCGACAUAACUUAGAUAAUCACAAUUUCGAUAUAAAUUAUAAUGAUAUACUAGUCAAACGAAUAAAAGCGUUAGUCAAAUGUUUCCUUGUAAGAUUUAUAGAGAUACUUUUUUCGCCCAAAGUCUCGGAUGAUCAAAAUGAUAAUAUUGAUGAUACGGCUACAUUGUGGUUAUUCUAUCUCGCUUUUAUGUUAAUUUUUCAUGAUUUUGUUAUUGAAUCGAAUAAUACUAACGCCAAAGGUCAGUUCCCUGCUGAGAAUAAAGGGUAUGAUGUCACAUUCAAAGAUAAGUUAAAUAUACUUUUCAACCAUGCUUUGUUUCGAGCACCAAAUAGUAUUGAUUUGAUUAUUUUAUAUAUAAUGUACUCACGCAUAUCAAUGGAACAUCGUUCUGAAGCCCAAAAUCGUACCUCUUUAAGCUCUAUCUUAAAUUCGUUUCUCGAGAGUAUUGAUAGAUCGUUGCACAAAUUAACUUCCUAUGGUGCUUUAAGACUUCUAAUCGUCUUGGUUGUUUUUUACCGACUCGACUUCGUGACAUUUAGAGAUAUAUUAUUAAACGAAAAACGAUAUCCUAUUAAUAAACUUUCAAUUGACAUACCUCAAUUUCUCUUUCAACUUUUGAUCUCGAGGUUGUGCAUCACGGAUUACUCCCUGACUUGCUUAUAUUGUGCUUCCUUACUUUCAUUACCUCAAACUAUAUCAAAAUCAGAUACGAUUGGUUCGAAAGUUAAUAUUGAAAACGGUCUUCGGAAAGAAAUCGAAAUAUAUAAUAUGUUAAGUCACUGUAGUAGAUACCGAUUAAUUAUAACUUUCCAGAACACCAAUACAAUCCAUAACAAUUUGAUCCUUAAAUCCGCCAAAGAUUUUUACAGACAAAUUUUAAUCUUUAACAUGAAUCAUUCUAACACCUACUCUUUGGAAGAUCUUAAAUUCUAUUUAUACCCUCUUAGCUGGAACUUACAUAGGUUGAAAUGUAAUCUUCACGAUAAAUGUGGUGCAGCCCUUCCUCUCACCUUACAGAAAGUAUUGCCCGCAUUUUUUCAGGAGGCUGAAGAAAUAUUAGAAUUCGUCUCAAGUCGGAAAGAUCUUUAUGAUCGCGAGUUUGUAUUUGGAAAAUUGUACCUAUUCACGUUAGAUUAUUUGGAAGAAAAGCUACCAAUCUCUAGUUCUAAUAAAUUUAAAAAUGUAAGCGAUGGUGAAAAUUCAAGCCUCGUGGCAAGUACAUGCCCUAUUAUGAUAGAAGAACGUUUAACUCGUAUACGAGAGGGUUAUAAGGUAACCCUUUCCAUCGCUACUAGAACGUUGAUUGACGUUUAUCACGACAUUUGCUUUUGGAACUUGGUAAUAUGCCUAAUCUAUUUUGCUUCUCGUCAAAUUUCCUUGGUCUGUGUCGAAUUAAAAGUUCUCUUAAAAACCCUAGUCUCUCAGUAUAUAUUGUUUAUAUACCCAUUAUGCAAUAUUCGGAUUGAGUCAGUUCCUCGUGUUGAUGAAUCGGAGCAGAACUUUAUCGACAUUAUUAAAAAAAUUAUAUCAUCUCUGAAUAUUGAUGUUUAUGAAGCCACCAAUAUCAAUGCAAUGUCUCAUGGUUCUUCUCACAUUUUAAUCCUUGCCUUAAAAUUAUUUUGCUCUAGUGACGAAUGCAUUUAUGAAAUUUGCUCAAAUAUCGCUUCCAUUUUUUACUCUCGUCACACGAAAAUCUCAGUCUAAAUAUUUUGGAUGCAAAGCUGUGUUUAGGUCUAAUGGGGAAAAUAGAUUCUAUAAAAUUUUUGGUUUUUUUAUUAUCAAAAAAUCAAUAUUUUUAGCCUUCGAAACGAAAGUAAGUUUUGUGUUCAUAUAAUAAAAACUACUAUAAUAAAAUUUAUUAUAUUAAAACUUAAAUAAUUGUUAUUUUCUUUAUUUAAAUGUUCAUAAUAUGUUAUAUUCCCUGACGAUGAAAUACAAUUGGAAAUUCUUACCUCAAAUUAUUUAUAAAUAUUCUUUUACCUACAAAAUUUUCAAAAAAUACACUUAAAAUUCAAUAUUACUCAAUGUAUGUUACAAGAAAAAAAUGAUAUAUAUAAUAUUUAA